UCACACCGGUUGAGAAAUUCUUCCUGUAAAAGGCUCACAGGAACCAAAAAAGGAGAAGAAGAAGAACAGGAGGAGUGGACGUAGUGGUGAUGGACAUGACAGAUGAGAACUGCCGCCCAGCCACAGACACAAAAUACGCUCAUCCGGUACGAUGCACUGAGGAAGUACUUCUCCCUUUCUUGACAGAUGAGAGUCUACAGGCCAUUAUGGACAUGCAACCUUCUCCUGCCUCCCCCAGCGCCCCGCCCGCUCUCUCUGAACUCAGACUGGUCCUCCUGGGCAGGAAGGGAGCCGGAAAGAGCGCUGCAGGAAACACCAUCCUGGGAGCGGUAGGGUUUGAGAGCGGCAAGCCCACGGAGGAGUGUGUCAAAAGGCGAGCUGAUGUUGCCGGGAGAAAAGUAACGGUAGUGGACACACCUGGGUGGGAGUGGUACUACCCCCUUAACAGCACGCCCAACUGGGUCAGGAGAGAGACCUUGCGAAGUGUGUCCCUCUGUCCUCCUGGGCCUCACGCCGUGCUGCUGGUCGUGCGGUCGUGUGCUUCUGUCCCCGAUGACUACAUCCGGGAGAUCGAAGAGCACCUGGAGCCGCUGGGGAAAGAGGUGUGGGAACACACCUUGGUGCUGUUCACCAGAGGAGAUGAGCUGGGCCUGUCCACCAUGGAGCAUCGGCUCCUGACGACCGGCUCAGGACUCCAAAGACUCCUCCAGAAGUGCGGCAACAGAUACCAGGUUGUAAACAACCGCAGCAAAGCAGAUGCAUCACAGGCUCAAGAGCUGAUAAGGAAGCUAGAGGAGAUGGUGCACAGGAAGAAGGGUGGGAACAGUCAUUUAGGGCUGGGGAACAGUCUUCUGCUGGGCCUGGAGGCAGAUGGGAAGAGAAGAGCCAGGGAGAGGAGGAAGAAACAGAGGCAGAUGGAGGCGCAGAUGCAGAGAGGGACGAUCAAAGCAGCUCUCACGAGUGAUGGUGCUCAAGGUUCUGAGCUCAAUGCGCACCAGUCAUUCUCCAAAGCUCCUCGCCGGCUUCCUGAGGUCAGACUGGUCCUGCUGGGCGAGCGUGAAACUGGAAAGAGUUCUGCUGGGAACACCAUCCUGGGAAACCCGGGCUUCUUCCAGACAGGGACGGUAACGGAGGAGUGCAUCCGUCAGCAGGCGGAGGUGGCCAUGCGCCUGGUGACUGUGGUGGACACACCGGGCUGGGAGGCCGGGGUUGCUGGUGCUACGCCCGAGAGGGUCAAGAGAGAAAUCGCCUGCAGCGUAGCUUUGUGCCCUCCCGGUCCACACGCACUCCUGGUGACUCUGAGGUUGGACACGCUGGUGAGGACGGGACACGUCAGGGAGCACCUGGAGCUUCUGGGAGAGGGGGUGUGGAGACACACCAUCCUGCUCCUCACCCACGGCGACCAGCUUCGCGAGGGGGUGGACAUCGAGCAGCACAUCCAGGGGGGAGGCCGGGAUCUGCAGUGGCUGCUGGAAAAGUGCAGACGCAGGUACCACGUCAUCAACAGCGCCGACGGAGGAAAAGGCAGCGGAGCCUCCACCGGGGUGAACGAACUCUUGGAGAAGGUGGAAAAGAUGGCGACGAUGAACAGGUGCGAAGCUUUUUCCGGUGUCGUUCAGGAAGUUAGCGAUUUGAGCCGACAGAGGAAUGAAAAGUUCAACCAACGCCUGAAGGAGAUAGGAGAUAAGACGCUCCGCCAGGAGGCAGAGUUGAAGAAACUGAGAGAGAGGGAGAUGAAGAGCAUCAGGUGGUUCUUUGAUAGGAAGAAGAAAGGGAAAUCGCCAGGAAAGGCCGACAUUCAAAGGGAAGAAGAGGAGGAUGAGGACAGGAAGGUCGGAGAGACGAAGAAUGACAUUGGCGAGCUGGAGGAGAGGAUGCGGUGGCUGACGGAGGACAGAGAGCGGGAAAUUCAGGAUCUGAGCCUUGAAAACGGGAGAAUCCGUGUUGCUUUGAACCAAAGUGAAACAGAAAGCCAGAAAACGACGCUGGAGCUGGAGCUAAAAGACAGAGAGAUCGAGGAGCUGAAAGAGAGAACUGAUGAGCAGCAGCUGAAGAUCCUUGAUCUCGAACGGGUCUGUGCAAGAUCUGAACACGAGAGAAAACAGAAGGAGGACGCCAACAGGGGGGAGAAACAAGAAUGGAGGGAAAACCUAGAGAAAACAACAGAAACUAUAGAGCAGCUCAAAAGAGAGAAAACAGAGGGGAUGGAAAAGAUUGACUCUUUAAAAGUUGAAAGGGAGCAGAUGAAAAUGAAAAACGAUGAGUCUCUUCAGCGGAAAGAGGAAGAAAAAAACAGGGAGAUGGUUGAAAGGGAGGAAAAAAUAAAAAGAGAGAUGGAAAUUACGCUGCUUGAAAGAGACAAACAGCAGGAAGAACUGAGGAAGAAAGCUGCAGAGGAGAAACAGAUGACGCUCAGCGAUGCAAAACAGAGGGAAACAGACAUGGAGAGACAAUUUCAAGAACUGAAACUCCAGCAUGUGAAAGACAUGGAGAAAAAGAUACAGGAGAAAGAGAUGAAGAUAAAAGACAUAAAACUGCAGCAUCAAGAGGAGAUGGCCAGAAAAAUACAAGAGCUAGAAAAAACGAUGAAGACAAUGGAAGAUCAGCAAAAACAAGAAAAGGACAAGAUGGUGACAGAAAAGGCAGAUGAUAUUGAAAGGAUUAAAAAACAGCAUGUGAAUGAAAUAAAAGACAUUCGGCGUGAACAAGAAAAGCAGACUGCAAAGCUGAAAGAAUUGUUUGCAAAAGAAACCAAGGAAAGAAAUCAAGCAAAAAAGAGAGAGAUGGCAGAGCUGGAACAGAGCUAUCUGGCACAGAUGGAAGAAAAAACGCUGGAAAACCAAAGAGACAAGGAGACAAUUCUUUUGAAUCACAAAAAUGACUUGAAACAGCACAUUACAGAGAAAGAGAAAGAGGUGGAGGCCUUCAGACAAAAGCAUCAGGAAGAGAUGGCUGCGAGAAUAAAAGAGGGGGUACAAAUGAUGGAGGCGAGGAAAGCUGAACACCAGGAGGAAGUUGAUAAAACGGUCAGAGAAAAGGAAGAGGAUGUCCUGAGGGUCCGACAGGAGCACACAGAGAGACUAAAAGAGUUAGAGCAAGAAAAAAUAAGAGAUAAAGAAGAAAUGAGACAACAGCUCUCCAGAGAAAUGGAUGAGCAGCAGCAGGACAGACAGAGACAGAUAAGAGACUUAACACAAAAGCACACGGACCAACUAGAAGAGUUGAAGCUGGAACAAAGUAACUUGCUGCAAAAACUGCAACAGAGAGAUACGAUGAUGGAGGGAUUGAAAAGUCAACUUAAAAAUGAAACUGAGAACAUGGAAAAAGAAAAAACAGUAUACGAGAAAGAAAUGAAGCAAAGGGUGGAGGAGAAGCAGAGAGAGAUCGAUGAGAUGCAGCUGAGCGUGAGAGGAAUGAAAGAGACAAUACAACAAAAAGAAGAAAAAGAAAAAGACAGUUUGGAUCAGAUUAAAGCAACAGAACAACUGCUGAAAGAAAAAGAAGAGGGAAUUGAAGAGAUUACAUUAAAUAUAAAAGCAAUGAAGGAGAAGUUGCAAGAACACGAAAAGAAGGAAGUCAUUCAGUUGGAUUACAAAAAAGAGAUGGAGGAAAGACUGGUGGAAAAGGAAAGAGUGGUAGAAGAAAUGACAGAGCGAUUAAAAGAGCUCGAGAGACAGUUGCGCCAGACAAAAGAGGAAAAAGAGAGAGAUGUAGUGAACUACAAGAAACAAAUGGAUAAAAUUGUGGAAGACAAGAACAGAGAAAUGGAAAAGUUAAGACAGCACAUUAAAGAGGUGGAUGAAAUCCUGCAGAGGAAAGAAGAAGAACGAGGGGAAAUUAUUCUUAAUCAAAAGAAGGAGGCAGAAAAACGACUGCAGGACACAGAAAAAGAGAUGGAGGAGAUGAGACAGCAGCUAUUAGAUGACACGGAGAAAAAACUGAGAGACAAAGAGGCCGAGAUGGAAAAUAUUAAACAGCAAGCAGAGUCCAAGGAGACCAGAGGGAGGGAAGAGAUGAGAAAGACGGAGGAGAGAGGAGCGAACGAGAUGAACAAGCUGAUAGAAAUCAUUGACAGACAAACCAAAGAAAUCACACAAGGGCAGAGUCUCCUCACGCAGAGAGAUGGAGAGAUUGAUGAGGCCAAAAGGCUCUGUGCUAACUACCUACGAGAGAUACAGGAGCUGAAAGUAAGUGAUGAAAAGAAGAACAACAGUAUUGUUGAGAUGCAGGAACGCAGUGCAGAGCAAGAGAGGAAAAAGGAUGCAGAAAUGGUGGAAAAAGUGCAGCAGAAAGAAGAAGAACUUGAGCGCUUGCAGCAGAGAGACAGACAGAAUGAGAGCGAGAUUGUCCGACUGACACUUAUAAUUGAGCAAACAAAGUCAGAGCUGAAGGAGCUCACCGGCAGAAUGGAAAAAGAGAUGACCAACAUGAUUGAGGAGUAUGAAAGGGAGAUCACAGCAAAAAACGAGAAAAUAGAAGCUCUCGCAAAAGAGAAGGACAGUAAUAUAAGUCGUUUGGAGGAAGAAAUCCACCAAAAUACUCAGGUUUCCGCUCAGAAAUACGAGGAAAGCCAGCAGACGGUGAGGGAACUGCAGGAGGAGAAUGAAAAGUUUAGAAAAGAGAUGGACAAUUACAGAACCAAGUUUGAAGAGUUGAAAAAGGAGAACGAAGAAACAGUUCGGAGACAUCUGAGGGAAUGUGAGAAUAAAGUAAAGGGCGUGGAAGGCACUGUUACGGAGAGAGACUUAGAGGUGGGGACGUUAAACCAAGUCAAUUGCAAACUACAAGCAGAGAUAGAAAUGAUGAAAGUGAGAGAAGGCGAGAGCGAGAGGCAGAUGAACGAUUUGAGAGAAGAUUUUGAGAGGCAGCUGAUGGAAAAACAAAGCAGGCUGACAACAAAGUAUGAGGAGAUCGACCAGGAAUUAUCCAAAAGAGAGAUCGCAGCAGAAGAGAGGGAACAAGCUAUGAGAAGAAACGAAGAAGAGCUCAACAAAAGAGAUUACAACCUGAAUGCAAAAGAGAGAGAGCUUGUUGAAGUGGAGUUUAAGCUGGAAAGUAAAGAGCAAGAGCUUCAGAAGCUACAAACUAGUGUGGAGACAAGACAGAGAGAACAGGAGGACAAGCACGAGCAGGAGGUGAAGCUGAGAGCUCAGAGCAUCGAGCAAAAGGAAAGGGAGCUGGAGGACUUACUGAAGGCUCUGGAGGGCAAACAGAGGGAGCUGAGCUCUCAUGGCUACGACCUCCAAAAGAAGGUCAGGGGACUCAAAGAUCAGGGGAAGGAGCUGGAGGAUCGGGAGUGUUACUUAAAACACGAGGAGCAGGAGCUGCUGAACUGGAAGUCAGAGCUGCAGAUGCAGAACAAACACGUGAACUGUACGACACAGGAGCUGGAGGAGAUGCGCAGAGACAUGGCGCUGCUCAAGGAGGAACUGCACAGCAAGGAGAAGAACUUAAAGGAGUCCCUGAAAAGGAUGAACAAGUGGGAGCAGAAUCUUAAACACAGGGAGGAGGCUUUGAACAAAACAGUGCAGACGUAUGGGGCCGAUUGUGACGAUGAUGAGGAUGAUGAUGAGGAUGAUGAAAGGGAUGCUGACCAUCGGCUUGCUGCAUCUGAGAGCUCAGACGAUAACCUGCCUUUGAUGUACCAAGAGGUCAGUGACUGGAGGGGGAAAGGAAGAGGAAACGCGUCAGACAGAGAGGAAGUUGCAAAAGAUAGAGAGGAGCAGUGGAUGCAAGCAAAGUUGUCAGAGUCAGAGAGCAAUCACUGUCACCUUGAGACCCUGAAAGACACGGCUAAGCUGGAACACAACGAAAACACGGCAGAAGCAAGAAGAAGAAAGGUCAAGGUAGUCAGUGAUGUCAGGCCGCCAUCGCAGAGUCCCGGGAGACCAGGCAGCGAAGAUUCUCCUGGGUUUGAUUUGAAAGUGAUGAUUUUGGGGGAAACUUGGGCUUCUCGCUCCCCGGCUGGAGUCACAGUCUUGGGCGGAGAGGCGUCCAACUCCGGCGGAUCCGGCUUCAGGCCUUGGAGAGGUCAGAUAGCCGGGAGACGCCUCGCCAUCGCGGAACCGCUCGGCCUGAGGUGGCGACACGGACCCGAUCCGGACGACGCGUCGCAACGAGAGAGCAUCCUGGACAGCGCGUCCUGGUGCAGCCCGGGCGCUGACGUCGUCCUCCUGCUCAUGCCCGCCUUCCUAACCUGCACCCGGAAGUACAGGCGAGCCGUGGAGAGGCACGCCGGUCUGCUCGGGGACGAGGUGUGGAGACGCGCGCUGGUGCUGUUCACGUGGGGGGAAGUGAUGGGGGAGAGUCCAGAACAGCACAUCCUGCGGAGCGGAGAGCUGAUGGGGCUUGUGGAGCGGUGCGGGGGCCGCUACCAUGUGCUCACCAGCACAAAAAACAACGUCACCAUCGAAGGAUUAUUGGAGAAAAUGGAGGAUUUAGUAGCUCUGAACAGCAGGAAGCAGAUUUUGUCUUAAGAAUUAAUCAAAAAUGAAAGACUUUAUACCGUAGAAAAUGUUUAUUUCUUAUGUUUAUAUGAAUACAUUGAAUAAAUG